AAUUUUUUUUUCAAGGUCUGGAAUAAUAAAGAAAAUUGCCUUGCACCAAAAGGACAUUAAUGUAGGCACCAGGCAAGCCUUCAGGUUAUAAAUGAAGAGAGCAACAGUGAGACCAGCAGGUGAUUGGUAUCUCUAAAUGUGUCCUCUAAAUUAAUUACUCAGUGAAAAAUAAAGAAACAUGGCCGAGCCUUGCGAUAGCCAUAAGCUUAUAAGCAUGGAAGCGAAUAAACUUAGACAUUCACAGAGUUACCAAGAAACAACUUCAAUUGGGAUUAAAAGAAUGCAGAAGAGAUUUCUCCAGAAAGAUGGAAGCUGCAAUGUGUACUUCAAGCACAUCUUUGGAGAGUGGGAGAGCUAUGUGGCUGACAUUUUCACCACAUUAGUGGACAUCAAAUGGCGCCAUAUGUUUGUGAUCUUCUCGCUAUCCUACAUCCUUUCCUGGUUGUUCUUUGGCUUGGUCUUCUGGCUGAUUGCACUCCAGCAUGGUGACUUAUCACCUGAUGAAGGAGUGACCCCUUGUGUUGACAAAGUCCAUAGUUUCACAGGGGCAUUCUUAUUUUCUCUUGAAACCCAAACAACCAUUGGCUAUGGAUCCCGUUGUGUCACCGAAGAGUGCUCUGUUGCAAUCUUGAUAGUAGUUCUACAGUCGGUGCUAGGCUGCAUCAUUGACACAUUCAUCAUUGGAGCUGCCUUGGCCAAAAUGGCCACUGCCCGGAAGCGAGCUCAAACCAUCCGCUUCAGCUAUUAUGCCACAGUAGGCUUAAGAGAUGGCAAACUCUGCCUGAUGUGGCGUAUAGGUGAUUUCCGCCCUAAUCAUAUGGUAGAAGGCACAGUAAGAGCCCAGCUCUUGCGGUAUGUGGAAGACAGAGUGGGAAGAAUGACAAUGGAAUACAAGGACUUAAAACUGUUAAAUGACCAGAUCAUCCUUGCUACCCCAGUGACCAUUGUCCAUGAAAUUAAGCAGGACAGCCCAUUGUAUGAUCUGGACAGGAAAGCUCUGGCUAAAGACAACUUUGAGAUCCUGGUUACAUUUGUUUACACUGGAGAUUCAACAGGAACAUCACAUCAGUCAAGGAGUUCGUAUGUGCCUCGAGAAAUCCUUUGGGGGCACAGAUUCAAUGAUGUUCUGCAAUUGAAGAAAAAAUAUUACAACGUCAACUGCCUCCAAUUUGAAGAAACCACCGAGGUUUAUGCUCCUUAUUGUAGUGCCAAGCACUUAGAUAGGAAAGAGCAAGAAUACACAACUUUUGAAAAGGCAACAGAUGGAGAACCUGGAACAUCAUCAUCAUCUGGAGUAAGAGUCCGAUCCUUUAGUGCUGAAGCUUUAAUUAUCCACUCUGAAAUUUCUGAAGAUUCAGCCAAAAUUUCUAACCAGGUCAAUGCUAUGGAACUGCCAUAUGAGAGAGCUCUAGUGACUUUAAGCAGAAUCUCAAUGGAAUCCCAGAUCUAGCAAUCAGUUGCAAUGGCUGCUGUCUGCGUUCACACUGCUGUGGCGGUUUUCAAGCACACACGUUUUACUUAGAUCCAUAUGGACCCAGUUAUCCUCAAACCAUAAAAUGGAAGAACAAACUCACUGACACUUCAUCAAGACUUCAGUCUAGCUGGUGUUCUUGUUUCAGUUGAUAAUGUUAUUAUUCAUCUCCUUUAAAAUUACCCUUUACACAAGCUAUAGCUUUUUUUAUGUCAAUAAUAUAGUUUUUAAAAAUGUUCAGCAAUGCUUAGUACCGACAUUAGAGGUGGAGGAUAUCUACUGACAGGAAUUUCAAAGUUGACUUACCACUGAAACCACCAAGUCAGAUUAUUUGAGUUAAAAUUGUCUUGUCCCAUGUUGUUCUAUGAUUUAGGCACAUUAAUUUGGAUUUG